ACUGCCCGCCAGGCUUGGGCCUGAGUGGCAGAGGCGCCUGCAGCUGCCAAUCCCAAAAAUAUUCUCUGAUGACACAGCUGGAGGACAAGGGCCCAGCCUGGCUCCUCCAGGCUAAGUAUAGAGCAGGCUGGACCACCUGCCCCCCGCCCAAGCCCCAGUUCUAGUUGCAGCCCAACCCUUCGCUUAGGCUAGCCCAGCAGUUGCUUGGUUGAAGGGCUCUCAGAGGGGCUAAGGAAGCUGAUGCAUUCUGUCUUUCUGACAAAAGGCACUUUCAGAAACUGGCCAAACCCAGCUCUCAGGCUGCUUCUGUCCCACCUGAGGUCACCUCUGUGCUGGGUGCUGAGAUGUGAGACAGCGUGUGGGUGUGUGUGUAGGGGGAAGAGGUUGUAUGUUUGUAUGUGUGGGUCAGGUCACUCCGGGUGAACAUCCUCCCCAGCCCCCUCUCCCACAUUCUUGGCCCCAGUGGGAGAUAAGGCUCAGGGCCACAGACCUCUGCGUCAGAGAUAGGAGGUCUCAAUGCCAUGGGCAGGGGUGACUUGGACUGCAGGGCGUGGGAAGGGCUGGGGAAGAGGGGUGAGAAGGAUAGAAGAGGGCAGGUGGUGGGAUGGGGAGAGGAGGUUGCAGAGGCCUUGGGCAGACCCUGAUAGAGAGGACACAGGGCAGGGUGUGGGUUCCCCGCUCGCAGGGCCAGGUGAGCUAUGGUACCUCAGCUGCCGCUCCUGCUGCUGCUCUUGCUGUUAGCCCCGCAGGGUGGGCAGGGCUGCCAUGGGCUGGAGCUGGACAGGGAACUUGUCCUGGCCAAGGUGAGGGCCCUGUUCUUGGAUGCCUUGGGGCCCCCAGCAGUGAUGGGGGAAAGUGGGAGUCCUGGAAUCAGGCGGCUGCCCAGAAGACACGCUGUGGGGGGCUUCACACGCAGGGGCUCUGAGCCGGAGGAGGAGGAUGUCUCCCAGGCCAUCCUUUUUCCAGCCACAGGUGCCAGCUGUGAGGACCAGCCAGCUGUUGGAGGGCUGGUCCAGGAGGCUGAGGAAGGUGUCUUCACAUAUGUGUUCCGGCCAUCCCACCACACACGCAGCCGACAGGUGACUUCGGCCCAGCUGUGGUUCCAUACGGGGUUAGACAAGAAAGGCACAGUGGUCUCCAAUAGCUCUGGGCCCCUGCUAAGUCUGCUGGUACUGUCGUCUGGGGGACCCAUGGCUGUGCCCAUGUCCUUGGGCCAGGCACCCUCUCGCUGGGCCGUAUUGCAUCUGGACACCUCUGCUCUCCCUCUGCUGACUCACCCUGUCCUGGUGUUACUUCUGCGAUGUCCUCUCUGUUCCUGCUCAGCCCGGCCAGAGACCACACCUUUCCUGGUGGCCCAUACUCGGGCCAGACCACCUAGCGGAGGGGAGAGAGCUCGGCGCUCCACUCCCCCAAUGCCCUGGCCUUGGUCUCCUGCAGCUCUGCGCCUGUUACAGAGGCCUCCAGAGGAACCUGCUGCCCACGCCUACUGCCACAGAGCUGCACUCAACAUCUCCUUCCAGGAGCUGGGCUGGGACCGGUGGAUCGUGCACCCUCCCAGCUUCAUCUUUCACUACUGUCAUGGUGGCUGUGGACUGCCCACUCUGCCAGACCUCCCCCUGCCAGUCCCCGGGGUUCCCCCUACCCCUGUCCAGCCCCUUUCUUUGGUGCCAGGGGCCCAGCCUUGCUGCGCUGCCCUCCCAGGAACCAUGAGGCCCCUGCACGUCCGUACCACCUCAGAUGGAGGUUACUCUUUCAAGUACGAGACAGUACCCAACCUUCUCACACAACACUGUGCUUGUAUCUAAGGGGUUCUGCUUCCUUAGCCCAAAGCUGGUGACCAAACCCCUACCACUGUCAGUGGGAGGAAGGGCAGAGUGCAGAAAAUAAAUGGUUCCCCCUUCCUCCUUUCUUCUACUUCUCUGCCAGAGGGAUCCCUCCCCAUCCACCCCGCCCCCCCCCCCCACCAUGGGCAACAUGUGAUAAUAAAGAACAACCAGUGCAUAUGA